UGUCGCUCUCUCUCUCUCUCAUACAAAUACGAAGACAGAGAGUCGAACAGAGUAGGGAGUUUGUGACUGAAUGAAUGGAGAGAAGGAGAGGACGAGGAACUUGUCCUUUACAGACUGUAGUUACUCACUCCCACCAACCAACACUCUCCCACCUGACCAAACCGCCAUUUUUAACGGAUUUCUCUCUCUCUUUCAUAUAUAAAACCCUAGCUCAGCUUUACCUGCACUUUCUCUCUCUUCACCUUCGUUCUCUCUCUCUAGCUCUCUUCCAAUGUUGAGCUUCUAGGGUUUCGAAAACCCCCUUCUCUCUUUCUCUCUCCCCCUCUUCCCCUCAAUGAAUCAUUAAGGUGGCUUUCCACAUUAACUCCGAUGAAUUCCGUACCCAACUUCUUUGUUGCGGUCUUCUCCCUUUGUUUCCUUUCUCUGCUCUUCUCGGGUUUCGCCUCGGAAGCUGAACUACGAUCUUUACUUGAAUUCAAGAAAGGGAUUGAAAGAGAUCCGAUUGGAAGAGUUUUCGAUUCAUGGAAGCUGUCUUCGCUCGGCGACCUCAACGACUGUCCUCAUUCCUGGGCCGGAGUGGCCUGCGAAGAGGGAACCGGCAACGUCACCGCCGUAGUCCUUGAUAGGCUCAGUUUGGGAGGUGAGCUGAAAUUGCACACUCUACUGGAACUCAAGAUGCUACGGAAUCUCAGCCUCUCCGGAAAUGACUUUACUGGGCGGCUGCCGCCGGCAUUGGGGACGCUGACCACUUUGCAGCAUUUGGAUCUUUCCGACAACAAGUUCUACGGGCCGAUCCCAGCUCGAAUUAAUGAUCUUUGGGCAUUAAAUUACCUCAAUUUGUCUAAGAAUAACUUCAAGGGUGGAUUUCCGGGAAUAUAUAAUCUUCAGCAGCUGAGAGUGCUGGAUUUGCGUUCGAAUCAGCUUUGGGGUGAUAUUGGUGACGUAUUGUCCGCAUUGCGAAAUGUGGAGCAUCUUGAUUUGAGCUCUAAUAAGUUCUACGGGGGCCUGUCACUUGGAGCGGAGAAUGUUUCUGGCUUGGCGAAUACGGUCCAUUUUCUAAAUUUGAGUUACAACGAGUUAAAUGGCCCUUUCUUUGGGGGUGGUUCAAUUGCAUUGUUCCGUAAUUUGCAAGUUUUGGAUUUGGGUCACAAUCAGAUCAGGGGAGAGCUUCCCUCCUUUGGGUCAUUGCCGAGUCUUCGAGUUUUGCGACUUGACAGUAAUCUGUUAUAUGGGUCAAUACCGGAGGAGUUGUUAGAAACUUCCAUGUCAUUAGAAGAAUUGGAUCUUAGCGGCAACGGGUUUACGGGUUCAAUUCCUUCAAUCAACUCGACAUCAUUGAAUAUUUUGAAUCUUUCAUCAAAUGGUUUAUCAGGCUCUUUGCCAGCAUCUUUGAGAAAAUGCACUGUAAUGGACAUGAGCAGGAAUUUGUUACAUGGUGAUGUAUCUGUUAUGCAGAACUGGGAAGCCACAUUUGAGGUUCUUGACCUGAGUUCAAACAGGCUGUCAGGAAGCUUUCCAAAUUUGACAAAUCAGUUUGAGGGAUUAACCACACUUGCUCUCAGGAAUAAUUCCUUAGUUGGAGCUUUGCCUCCUAAUUUAGGGACUUAUUCUAAAUUGUCCAUGGUUGAUUUCAGUUUGAAUGAACUUAGUGGCCAUAUUCCUGUUAGUUUAUUUACUUCAACAACAUUGAUAAGCCUGAAUCUUUCUGGAAAUCAUUUUACCGGGUCAAUUCCUCUUGAAAGAUCAGGAGCCAGUGAAUUAAUAAUUAUGACACCUUAUCAGCCGAUGGAAUAUCUUGAUUUAUCUAAUAACUCGUUAAAAGGCAUCUUACCUUCUGACAUAAGUAGGAUGGGUGGGCUCAAACUGUUGAAUCUUGCCAGGAAUGAUUUUUCAGGACAGCUGCCCAAUGAAUUGAGCAAACUUGUUAAUUUGGAGCACCUUGAUUUGUCUCACAAUAGAUUUAAGGGACAAAUUCCUGAUAAGCUUUCAUCCAACUUGAAUGUGUUUAAUGUGUCCAAUAAUGAUUUAUCUGGUGACGUUCCAGUUAAUUUGAGGAGGUUUCCUCCUUCAUCGUUUCACCCGGGAAAUCAAAAGCUGAACUUACCAACGUAUAUAAAUGGUGCUUCAGUGCCUGAUAAUAUUUAUGGUCAUGGGAAACGUCACAGUUCAAAGGGAAAUAUCAAGAUAGCCAUUAUUCUUGCUUCAGUUGGUGCUGCUGUGAUGAUUAUUUUUGUUUUCUUGGCUUAUCAUAGAACACAACUUAAAGAAUUUCGUGGCCGAAGUGGGUUCACUGGUCAAAAUACUGGAAGGGAUAUCAAAUCAGGAGGAUUUGCACGGCCCUCCCUCUUCAAGCUCCACCCAAAUGCUCAGCCACCAGCAAGUUCAUUGAGCUUUUCAAAUGAUCACUUGCUGACAUCCAAUUCAAGAUCACUCUCUGGACAGUCGGAGUUUGUAAGUGAAAUUACUGAGCAUGGCUUAGCUCAGGGAACGGGAGCAGCUAGUUUAGCUUCUGUAAAUCCAAAUUUGAUGGAUAAUCCUCCCACAUCAUCUGGAAGGAAGUCAUCUCCUGGUUCCCCAUUAUCUUCUUCCCCUCGUUUUAUAGAAACACAAGAAAAACCAGUUAUGUUGGAUGUGUAUUCACCAGAUCGCCUGGCUGGAGAGUUGUACUUUCUUGAUUCUUCCCUGGCAUUCACUGCAGAGGAGUUAUCUCGAGCUCCAGCUGAAGUUCUUGGCCGAAGUAGCCAUGGUACUUUAUACAAAGCUACACUAGACACUGGUCAUAUGUUGACUGUAAAGUGGUUACGUGUUGGAUUGGUCAAACAUAAGAAGGAAUUUGCCAGAGAAGUUAAAAGGAUUGGUUCUAUGAGGCAUCCUAACAUUGUCCCAUUGCGGGCAUACUAUUGGGGGCCCCGGGAACAAGAGAGGCUUCUUUUAGCUGACUAUAUACCUGGCGACAGCUUGGCCUUACAUCUUUAUGAGACAACACCCCGGCGGUACUCGCCAUUGUCAUUCGGCCAGAGAUUAAGAGUUGCCGUUGAAGUUGCCCGAUGUCUUUUAUACCUUCAUGAUCGAGGGCUUCCCCAUGGAAAUUUAAAACCAACAAAUAUAUUAUUAGCAGGCCCUGAAUACAGUGCACGUCUAACUGACUAUGGUCUGCACCGCCUUAUGACACCUGCCGGAAUUUCAGAGCAGAUACUAAAUCUCGGAGCACUUGGAUACCGUGCUCCAGAACUGGCCUCUGCUAAUAAACCAGUCCCAUCAUUCAAGGCCGAUGUGUAUGCACUUGGUGUGAUCUUAAUGGAAUUAUUAACGAGAAAAAGUGCAGGCGACAUAAUAUCAGGGCAAUCCGGGGCUGUUGAUCUAACAGAUUGGGUCAGGCUCUGUGAGCAAGAAGGACGUGUAAUGGACUGUAUUGACAGAGACAUCGCAGGCGGUGAAGAAUCUUCCAGAGAGAUGGACGAAUUGCUUGCAAUAUCACUCAGGUGUAUUCUCCCUGUAAAUGAGAGGCCUAAUAUCAGACAAGUUUUUGACGACCUUUGUUCUAUGUCGGCUUGAAAUUUUUUUUGUGUAAAUGCAUCUGGGAAUUAGUAUUUUUAUCUGGUUCCUCGACCCAUUGUUGUUUUCUGAUUUCGUCCGUCUCAUCCUUAAUUGGUUUAUAGCCAUCUGAUUUUGGAUAAUCGUCACAUUCUUUUCCUUUCUUCUCCUGCUGUUACAAUCUCCUUGUAAAGUGACUUUCGAUCAAUUGAUUAAUUGACAGUGCUUUGAGUUUGAUUUGAAAACA